UGUCAUCGAUAGUGGCUGCUAGUUUCUGUUCAAACGCCUGUUGACUCUUCUGCAAGGGAGUGCAGCAUCCUCUAUCUCUUCACUCACUUGGGUUCUACUCAGAUCUGCUUGCAAAAGGAUCCAUGAGCUACAAAAACAUGAAUGACGAAGACUAUAGCACCACUUAUGACACCGUCCAAACAGAGACGGUGUAUGAAGUUCCAGACCAGCCAGCAGAAAAUGAAGGUCCCCUUUAUCAUAACAUCCAUGAAGACUUGAGCUCAGAAAACAAUGUAUAUGCCACUGAGCUGGAAACCCAUGACUAUGAAUCUGUAUCAGCUUAUGCUGUCGCGAGUGAGGACAACAGCUUGGCUUUUUCCCAACCAGAAGAAGGCUACUUCCCGUUUCUUGCGAUAUGUCCUCCGGCCCCGGAUCCUCAACCAGGUGAGCCCCAGGAGGAUGGGAACAUCUCAGUGGAAGAAUUAUACUCACCAAUUCAGGACCAGGAGACGACCCCGGAAGAGCUACAGGAGAACAGAUGCAUGAUGGAGGGGAACCUGCCUUCUCCUUCAAGCUUCACCGCCCAGAAGAGCAGUGAAUAUUCCCUCACUGGCUAUUCUGCUGCCAAUGGUUUAGAAGAAGACGAAUCAGCUUCCACAAACCCUGAGAUCUUCCUCUUCGUGAAGGCUGGGAUCGAUGGGGAAAGCAUCGGCAACUGCCCCUUCUCUCAGCGCCUCUUUAUGAUCCUCUGGCUGAAAGGAGUCGUGUUCAAUGUCACCACUGUGGAUCUGAAAAGAAAGCCGGCCGACCUGCACAACCUCGCCCCUGGCACCCAUCCGCCCUUCCUGACCUUCAACGGGGACGUGAAGACGGACGUCAAUAAGAUCGAGGAGUUCCUGGAGGAGACUCUGACCCCUGAAAAGUACCCCAGGCUGGCUGCGAAGCACCGGGAAUCCAACACAGCAGGCAUCGACAUCUUCUCCAAGUUCUCUGCCUACAUCAAAAACACCAAGCAGCAGAACAACGCUGCCCUUGAGAGAGGCCUGAACAAGGCACUGAAGAAACUGGAUGACUACCUGAGCACCCCUCUGCCAGAGGAGAUCGACGCCAACACUUGCGGGGACGAUGACAAGGGCUCCCGGCGCAAGUUCCUGGAUGGGGAUGAGCUGACCCUGGCCGACUGCAAUCUGUUGCCCAAACUCCACGUGGUCAAGACAUGUGCUGACUACCCACUCAAGAAUCGCUUGCUGAAUAAGAUUGUGGCCAAGAAAUACCGCAACUACGACUUCCCGGCAGAGAUGACAGGCCUGUGGCGGUACCUCAAGAACGCCUACGCCCGGGACGAGUUCACCAACACCUGUGCCGCUGACUCAGAGAUCGAGCUGGCCUACGCCGACGUCGCCAAGCGCCUCAGCCGAUCCUGAGCACAGCCACCUCGGCCACCUCGCCCCGUCACUGCUGCAGAACUCAGCUUCUCCCAAAGGACUCCUCUUCACAGACCCCCCUCCCCUUUGCCUCGGGACACAUCUUUAAUGGUCAGGCCACGCCUUGCUGGCAUCAUUCGAACUCCAGCCUGCCAUCUUAGUGAAGGUCUGCGCCAACCCAUCUGAUCACACAGGACUCCGCAAGCAGAAAUGCUAGACAUAGUCAAGCUCUCGGCCUUUUGGUUCCGUCUGGGUUCAGCGUACUUGGGGUCAGUGUUGCAGAACCCACAUACGGGAUUGUCACUGGCCCCUUCUGCCAAUAUCAAAAUAUCUCCUCAGAUGCAUUAGAAACAUGCAACGCCCUGUUCUCUUCCUUCCUCCUCUUUGUCGGUAACUCCAAGGCCAAGGACAAAUGCCAUCUUAGUUCUUAUAUAAAGAUCCUCUGCUCUUAGAGGGUCGGAGAGAGUGAAUGGAGAGGGACCGAGCAGGCUGUGGAUUUUGACAUCUGGAAGACACACCUGGCGUCACUCACUCCUUCCUGACAUUCCUGGACACCGAAGGCCAGACUGGAAAACCACUUCAGGCCCAGUCUCGGUUCACUGCAAUGCUCUGACGGUCACAAUGCCAUCGUGCGCCUGGCUGACACCGACCUCUGUGUUUAUGCUAUCCAGGCCUUGCCAGGAAAGGAAAUUGGCAUCAAUUCCAAACUGGGGGCACAGGGAUGGGGCGGGGAGGGGAGCAGUGUUGAUGCCAAAAGGCCCUCGGGGGUCUACCAGCCACGGGAUUGCUUGCUUAGGGGUAGUUGCUUCCUUGCAGGUUACAUGCCUGGGUUUGACUGUUUAUCUUUGAGUGAAUAUUCGUCUGUGAGAAAGUAGAUGAGCGUGGGAGGUGGAGGGAUGAGUGAAGAUUUAAAAAAUCCUUUAUGAUGCUCAAUGUUCCCUGGAAAUUUUGAAGACAGGUCUUCUCUCUCAUAAGCUAAGUCUUGAACUGAUGUUGUCAUGUAAUUAGCAACCUUAUAGCAAGAACCCAAGAAUUGGCCAAAAAUGACUUUGCAGGCUCUUCAGGUUGUUCCUGGAUACGGGUCUGCUACCUAGGGGCUCACAGGCAGCCGCUCCGGGCUGACCCAGCCGCAGCCUCCCCUGGGAGAGAGUCACAAUGAGGAGGUGGCAUGGUCAUGGGACCUUAGGAAGAAAGCCCUUGAGCUUUUCUGACUGGGAAACCAUGCGGUUUGAGCUUGAAAAAAACAGGUGUGCCCAUGUGGGUUAAUGUUCCUACCACCUGACUCAACGACCCGAUGAACAAAAGGAAACUAUUUUUUAGAUAAUAUUGCUCUCCUAAGUCCUUCUUCUGGAGUUUCGCCUCCUUAAAAUCUUACCCUGCUUGAGUAUGGUGACCAGUGCAGAGGAAACUAAGAGACAUGAACUAAUCAUCAGCUCCCUCUCCCAGGAACGCCCUGUGUGAGGACAUCCACCGCCACAGACCCUCACCUUCAACGAUCCUCCCUUCUGUGCUGCCUGCCGGUGGAGAGUGAGGUUCCCAAAUGCCGCAAAGCCCCAGGACUUGGCUCAUUGCUCAGGGAGGGCAGGACAGCAGGGGUCCUCGCCACACAAACACCAACAAAUUCCAGCCCAAGCAACCCCCGGAACUAGCUAUCUCCAGGGAUCUCAGGAGAAAAAGGGGACCCCUUGAUCAGAGCAGAGGGGAGGAAACGGGGUCUCCUUCAGCCCACUGAGGAAGAGGAAAUUGCUCAGUAGGACGUUUUAUAAGCCUGAGAGUUUGGAAAAAGCAGAACGAGUUGAUUCAUUUCCACCUCUAAAGGGUCCUUUCCACAAUUCCCUGGAAACUUGUCUCUCCCCGCUCCAAGGUGUUUAAAAAGGAGACAUGGUGAGGAAAUAGUCCUUUUACCAUGAGGGAAAGCCCCUCACUGGCCUUCUGGGGGAUGAAAGCUUGAAUGAUCCCAGGAGGCCUUUUCAUUAGUGUGAAAUCCUUCCCCACCUUCGCAGUUCAGGCCAUGACCCCAGAGGCAGCCUGCUUUCCUGAGCCCCUCCGUGGCGCUGUUCUAGAAGCACAUUCGGGGGACAGAGAAAACAGGGAGCCCAGGCGGGCCAGCCCCCCCGGAGGUGUUGGCACCCACUAACAACCCUGACUGGAUACUCAGAAUUCCAACAACUGGCGAGUCUGUAAAAGCAGUUUUUAAAAACAAACAAGCCAAACCAAAUCAAUAUUGUUGUUUCUAGAUGUUCCUUCUGUGGCUGACUCAAUUUUACAUAAAUAACACUAAUAGGCACGGGGUGGGGGCCGUUAUGAUUAAUUAUAACCAUUUAAAAGAGGGGGAGGAGUUAGAGAUGGAAAGAGACUUAAUUCAGGAAUAUCUUUUUAUUUCAAGUUUAGAUUAUUAUAUAAUGCAACUAUUGACUUAGAGAUUGAAGGUCUUAUGGCCAGAUUUAUCAGAGUAUUUUUAAAUAAUAAUAAUAGUAUUACCUUCUGAUCAUUUUUUUUCAAAAGAGAUUUUUCUUUAGCCUUCUGAGGCGAGGCCAUCACCUUGUCAUAUACACAGCAAAUCAUCUCCCAACAAGUGUGGUAGGCUCUUAGGUGUCCCCAGGAUGAACUCACGGAGUCUUGAAGGUUUGCAGUAUGGUCCCACACUCCACAGUUUUAAGACAGGAGGCAACCCUUGUCAUGGGACCCGAGCGAACAUUGCUCCCGCAGAAAGCAUUUCAGUGGCCCAAAAAGGGUUGAAAUCCUGUUUGUUUGUUUUUUAAUUUAUCUCCUGUGACUUUCACAUAACUUUUCUGUGUGUGUGUGUGUGUGUGUGUGUGUGUGUGUGUGUGUGUGUGUAUGAGGGGCAGAGGCAGAAACAAACUCAAUGACUGUGUUGAAUUUACCCACUUACUCAGCACUGCCUACCUCUCAGGUUGGCCCAGAGUGAAGAUACUGGGUAAGAUUUUAAUCACUCUGACAGGUGAGCUGGGUAAGUAAAAUCUUGACUGCUCCAGAGCAUAGUUCCUUCUAUCACUGGCCUUCAUCUCUUGACAAAGGCAGUCAAAUAAUUGCCUGACAAUUCAGAAUCACAGGCACAAGUAGGAGGAUCUUGUUUGAAACGAGGGAUACAGCUACCUGGCACGAAACUAAUGCCUAGAAAAGUGAAAAACACUCCAUCGGUUCCUUUGGCCACGGGAUCUCAGACCAGGCUCAGCUUUCCAGGACACAGUGCUGUCCUUUGUGUCCACUUCUCCUGCUGUGGGGGGCCAGUGAGGAUCUUUAAUUUUCAUUAGAAAAACCGUAUUUUCUAGCAUUUGUCAAAUGAACAACAGAAGCUCUUCACCACACCAGUGCCCGUUGGCCACUUUGCCGACAGACAAUACAAAGCAUCAUAGAGUUGUCACAAAGUGAUCACACCUGGAAAAGACCCUGAAGAUCCAAGAGUCCCAGGAAUCAGCAAAGUCUAGAAAAAUAGAAGUAAAAGGGAGGCGGAGUCAGGAAGGUGCAGGUCUAUCUACACGAGUUUCUCAUCCUGAGAAACCAGUGGGAGCCUGAACCUAAAAUUAAUUGGCCCAGAAGCAGCAGGUAGCCGGGAGGGGCUGUGAGUCUCAGCCCCAUUCCUACUGCCCUGGAGCCAUCUUGGAGCAGAGUGGAUUAAAAGGACAGUGUCUCUGACUUUGGAGAGGUGAAGCAUUAACUCAUAGUUAAACUUCAGUCCAUGAUUCCCAAGGGAUCACGGGCUUAGUUUUGUGUCUGACAUGAAAAAGAAUCCUAAGCUUUAGACAAAGAUGUGUGCACGCAAAGCACCCUGGGAACACUGGGGGGUCACAGCACUGGCCGUGGGCCCCUUCUGCACACAAGGCCUAUUGUCUUCUGUUCGUCGCUCUUCAGCCCUCAAACCAAACAGCAGGUGCCGCCUCAGGGAGGCAUGGUCCUCUCCCUUUGUCAAUAUUCUCCUCCCAGCUCAGUUUCAGGACCCUUUCAUUUCAUAAUUAGGUAUGAUUCAGGUGUGCACCAUUUUAUUUAAUAUUACUGAAGGAAAUAGAUCCAAACCUUCCCUCCCCGACCAGACAUAAAAUAAAAGAUGGCCUCACGAGAGGGUUUGGGCUAAUCUGUGUGUCUAUAAAAGCCAUCUGUUUUAUGGCAAAACAUAGUUUUAAGGAACCAGUUAUCUACAGUAUAUUUUAUGUAGCCUGAGAUAUCACAAUCUUGAUUAUGCCUAUAUUUAAAACAUAAAAUGCCCAGCUGAUGUUUGAAUUUGUCUUACUUUCCUGACCACCUGGUUGUCCCAUUUGAUAAGCUGGAGAGUUAACUAAUUUAGCAGAAGAUGCCUAGAUUUUAGGAAAGAACAAAUAUCUCAUGUAAUAAAGACACUUGAUUUUCUCAAGACCUCUAACUGUGGUGAUAAAAUAACAGGACAUGCUUUCCAACCUUAAUGAAUGUAAAAUGCCUUUUAAUGAAGAUUUUGCUGAAUGUUUUCCUCAUAUGAACCAGUUAUAAAUUUGUUUUCCAGUCUCGAUUGGUAUUGAUUGAUUCAAAUAAAGUUGGUUUAUUUUCAAAUAUUA